UAUAAACCGACUCCCGCUACUUCUGGCUCUCUCGUCAAUACAGUUCACAAAACUCACACGACUUAACAACUGAGCCUCACGCUCGCCAAUGGAUUCCUCAACUCGCUCCUCCGUCAUCAUCAUCGGCGCCGGCAUCUCCGGCAUUUCGGCGGCCAAAACGUUAGCGGAAAACGGAAUAGAGGAUAUAGUAAUUCUAGAAGCGUCCGACAGGAUUGGCGGGCGUGUCCGGAACGAGAAUUUUGGAGGAGUGUCGGUGGAGCUCGGGGCGGGUUGGAUCGCCGGGGUCGGCGGAAAAGAGUCUAACCCGGUCUGGGAACUCGCCGCGCAAUCGGGGCUCCGAACUUGCCUCUCAGAUUAUAGCAAUGCCCGAUAUAAUAUCUACGAUCGAAGUGGGAAAAUAAUUCCGAGUGGAGUUGCGGCGGACUCUUACAAGAAAGCGGUGGACUCAGCGAUUCAGAAGCUGAAGAGUUUAGAGAACAAUGUGAAUGACGUCAUCAAAGCCACCGCAGAGCCGCCAUCUUCUCCCAAGACGCCGAUAGAGCUUGCCAUUGACUUCAUUCUACACGAUUUUGAGAUGGCUGAAGUGGAGCCAAUAUCAACUUAUGUAGAUUUUGGGGAGAGGGAGUUUUUGGUAGCGGAUGAAAGAGGGUAUGGUUAUUUGCUAUACAAAAUGGCAGAAGAAUUUCUAUUUACUUCAGAUGGUAAAAUCUUGGACGGUCGUCUCAAGCUCAAUAAGGUUGUUCGGGAAUUACAGUACUCGAGAAGCGGCGUAACAGUAAAAACAGAGGAUGGUUGCGUUUACGAAGCUAAUUACGUGAUUUUGUCUGUUAGUAUUGGAGUUUUACAGAGUGAUCUCAUUUCCUUUAAGCCUUCCUUGCCCAGGUGGAAAAUGGAGGCUAUAGAGAAGUGUGAUGUGAUGGUGUACACAAAGAUCUUCCUAAAGUUUCCUUAUAAGUUCUGGCCAUGUUGCCCUGAAAAAGAGUUCUUCAUCUAUGCCCACGAGAGGAGAGGCUACUACACGUUUUGGCAGCACAUGGAGAAUGCAUACCCUGGUUCCAAUAUCCUUGUUGUAACUUUGACCAAUGGGGAGUCAAAACGUGUGGAAGCUCAAUCAGAUGAAGACACAUUGAAGGAGGCCAUGGGGGUACUGAGAGACAUGUUUGGACCCAACAUACCUAAUGCCAUUGAUAUACUCGUGCCCCGCUGGUGGAACAACAGAUUCCAACGUGGUAGCUACAGUAACUAUCCCAUCAUCUCCAAUAACCAAGUUGUUAAUAGUAUUAAGGCCCCAGUAGGAAGAGUUUUCUUUACUGGUGAACAUACAAGUGAGAGAUUCAAUGGCUAUGUUCAUGGUGGAUACCUUGCAGGUAUAGACACAAGUAAAACACUACUGGAAAGAAUAAAGGAAGAGGAAAGAAAUAGUGAUAGUAAUAAGUUUUUGCUAGAACCCUUGUUAGCGUUGACUUUGACACAGACGGAAGCAGUGUCAGGGCUUCAUAAAUGUGAUAUUCCCACACAAUUGUAUCUUAGUGGAAAGCUUGGCAUUCCAGAAGCGAUAUUAUGACUAGAUGGACCACAUUUUGAUGAUGAAAAUAUGACCAAUGCGAUUGAGGGCCAUAUGGGUUUGGUACCAGAGAUGA